UACGCCAACUAAGGUUUGACAUACUAGUUAGUACGGUAGUAUGCGAAUGCACAAUCCCAGUCGCGCGAGGAUGACUCCCCAGAUAGCGGUAACAUCGUACGAUUUGUACCGCAACAGUCGAGUCAUUAUUGGCUGGUGAGCGCGUGAGGACUGUCUGUAAUUCAUAAUGUUGAAUUAUGUAGCUGUUUGUUUUAGUUAGAGGUAAACUAAGAAACAUUUGUCUUACUUUGGCUAAUGUGUUUUGUGGCCUAAGUAAGGAAGUUACUGUUAUUGCAAAAGGAGGUUUACAAGAUUAGAUUUUCAGAGAAAGAAAGGAGAGUAGAAAGGAAGAUGUUCGAUACAGAAGGGUACAUCUUGAUUCUCCUGGACGUCACCUGCGUUGUCCUUGCUGGACUUCCAUUUGCCGUAUUAAAUUUACAACACAACCCAUUCAAAAGAGGAUUUUUUUGCAGUGAUGACACCAUCAAGUACCCAUACAAAGAAGAUACUAUAUCUUAUCAGCUGCUAAUGGGAAUAAUGAUUCCAUUCGCAUUAUUUGUAAUCAUUGGUGGAGAGUGUAUUUCCAUAUAUCUCAGAUCCAGAUCCUCCUUAAUCACUGACUAUGUAGCCUGCAUCUACAAAGCUGUUGGGUCGUUUAUUUUUGGAGCAGCAAUAAGUCAGUCCCUGACUGACAUUGCAAAGUACACCAUUGGUCGGCUGAGGCCACAUUUCCUGAGUAUAUGCAAGCCCAACUGGAGCCUUGUGGAUUGUAAAUCAGGUUACAUUGAGAACUUCUCAUGCACAGGAGACAAGGCAUUGGUCACUGAAGGCAGGCUUUCAUUUUUUUCUGGACAUUCGUCCUUUUCCAUGUAUUGUAUGCUGUUCCUUGCACUGUACCUGCAAUCGAGAAUGAAGGCAGAAUGGGCUCGGUUGCUAAGGCCAAGUAUCCAGUUCUUCUUAAUUUCGGCAUCUGUGUAUGUGGGUCUGUCGCGAGUCUCAGACUACAAACAUCACUGGAGUGAUGUUCUCACUGGAUUCAUACAGGGAGCCAUUGUGGCAAUAUUUACAGUGAUCUGUGUGUCAGAUUUCUUUAAGGCCCAGCUGAAGGGGGACAAAGAAGAAAUCUCACACACUACCCUACAGGAGACCACAAAUGAUAUGAAUCACUAUGGGAGCACUGAGUGAGAAGGAGACUAAAUUGCAUGAAAUUUUCAGACCAUUCCAAUAGAGAAGGACAUUUGACAGACAAACAGCUGUUUCUGAAACCUCAAGUAUAGUCAUAUAUGUCAGUAUUUCACUGAUGAAACCUACUGUAGGUUUUAAACUGUAAAGCAACCGCAACUGAAUCUGGAUUCUUCUGAAUUUGUUUCAGUCUUCCGUCUACAUGAAAUGCAUUGUCCUGUUGAAGAUCCAUUUGAAAGGUUAUGUAUAUUACUGUGGUCUACAACUAAAUGGAGGCACACCAGGAUUUUUUCCUUGAACUGCUGGAGUCUUUCAUGUUCUUGUUCCUUGCAGAGUACAAAUACCAAAGUCAUCACCUUGUGACUGUGACCCCUUGUGGCUAGGCUAUAAUAUGUCCUAGCUCCGUCACAUUCGUUCUCUGGCUAUUCUCAUCAACUGUCAUAAGUACAUGAGUAACCUUCUGUUCUACUGCCUUACACUCCACUAUCUUUGUUAACAACUGAGCCUUCUGCCUAUUUGUGUUUCUGCUGCAAUACCACAGCAAAGAAGUUUACCCAUUUCUUAUUAGAUUUCUUAUUAGAUUUCUUAUUAGAUGCUAUUCGCUUGACUACCUGCUGGCACCACACCACGUCAGAGGAAAGACAAUGAAUAGUCAGCAGUAUUCUCAUAGCCUACAAGCUUCAUGCUUUGCAACUGGCAUUAUGUUGCAUUUAGGGCAAGGCUUUGUAAGUGCUUGUCGAAGAUGUUCUAGUCCCAAACAGAUCAGACCACUGAUCAAGUCCAUCAUACAACUCCAUCUGGGCCUGGCAGACCAAGGAAAAAACAAAACAAAAAAAAAAACAAAAACAAAACACAGCUCUGCCCAGAAAUACAAGAGUUUAGCAAUUUAUAAGAUAUGAAAUUAGUUUCAUGCUACAUGAACAAUAGACCACAUGUCUGUUUCAACAACACAGUCAAAAGUGCAGAGAAUAGUAACAAACAGUAGAAUCCCAGGCAUGGGAAAUGCACACUUAUUUAAUAAUAACAAAAAAAAAAGGCUUGUAAUGAGAAACCAAAAAUUAGAGUGAAAUAUUUUAGCGUCAAGUGUCCACUUCCUUGGCAAAAUGACAAUGGGAAAAAUGAGAACGUGACAUAGUGGGGACUGUUUAUAUGUAGCCAUGUAAAGUCACAGCUACAUGACUUUAGUAAUUGUAUUUAGCAAGGAAUGAGCACACACAGAAAGACUCCACUAGUUCCACUAGGACUCUACUAGGAAAUUACCCUGGUGGUCCAGAAUGUAAGGAAGUAUGUAAACCUGGUUUCAUUUUCUCUCUGAAUUUUUUUCAUUUCUUGCAUUAAUUUACUUAUAAUAGUUUCAUAUGCCAAACUUUUUUCUGAUUUUCAUUUUUUUUUUCAUUCAAGAAUCAUGUCCUUUAUUUUCUCAUAAGAAAAGUCACAUAGGUCUGCAAGAGUACAUUAUUUGUUCUAGACUGGGUUCUUUUUACAUCAUAGUGACUGAAAGCCAGCCAUCACGUACAUGUGAUUUUUACAUGACUCCUCACACUCUGAGGAUACCUGUCAAAGGUACUUGGAAAUUCCAAUAGGUUGAAAAGGUCCAUUAAAUGAAAAUAGCCAGUGUGGUGGUGAACUGUUUUUGUUUGUUUUCUCAUUUUGUGUUUGUGCAUGUGUGUUUACUAGUACUGUAAACACUGUAGAGCCAAAUACAUUAUAAAGACAUAAUGAAUUUGAUGAAUUUAGGAUUUAUUUAUUUAUUGGAGUAAGUUUAGUCUUCUCUUGCUUUAUUUUGAAAUAAUAAUAAAAAAUUGUUCAAUCUGUACAAAUAACUCAAAAACUGCAAGUAAGAAGACUUUGCGUUAGUCAGGUUUUUUUUCCAUAAUCAUGGUUUUUACUGAACAAGAGAAGAAAACUGUCUAUAUAAUUCCACCAUAAAAAAUACACAAUGUAAAGGUACAUAACCAAUGAAAAAUAUGUCUGACAUGUCUAAAUAUGUCUAUGUUCUGUCAUCACAAAUGGUACUGCAUUAAAUGACUUAAUUAAAACUUUUACACAAAAGUAA